AUGUCGGAUGCAGACUUCCUCACCUCCCCCUCUCCUUCUCCUUCUUCCAUUUUCCACUGCGACUACAGUGACUGGUCUCCCUCCUUCUCCAUCAUCCCAUCCGUCUACCUUCUGGCCUUCCUGGUCGGUUGCCUUGGCAACGGCCUGGUGCUUUGGGCCUACCUGGACCGAGCCGAUGGCAGGGGAGCUGGAAAGCUGUGUCUCAUUUUCAGAACCAGUCAGCAGAACAUUAACAGUGCUGGGAGGUUUCCCCCUGGGUCACUUCCUCAUAAGAAGACAGAAAACUGUGGAUCUUCUUCAGGACAAAGACCCUCCUCUCACUCCUCCACCUCCUGCUCUUAUCCUCCCUCCAUCCCUCGCCCCUCCCGCUCCCUGACAGACUCUCUGAUAGCCAGCUUGGCGUUAGCUGACCUGUGCUUCCUUGUGACUCUCCCUCUGUGGGCCGUCUACACGGCGAUGGGCUACCACUGGCCUUUUGGGCAACCCCUCUGCCAAAUCAGCAGCUUCCUCACAGCGCUCAACAUGUACGCCAGCGUGUUCAGCCUGAGCAUGCUCAGUGUGGAGCGGUACUGGGUUCUGACUGGACGCCGCCACUCCAACCACUACGCCCCACAGAGCUGCCCCAGCAGGGCUUUGUGGAUACUUGGAGGGGUGUGGUUGCUGGCGGGGGUGCUAGCACUUCCAGGUUUGCUGCUGCGCUCUGUCAGGGAGGUGGACUCUGACUCUGAUUAUGACUGGGAAGUGGAGCAAAUUCAUCCUACUACUGACUCUGGAUCAGUUUUCCUCUCCUGCCAGAUGGAUUACUCCAUGCUGGUUGGAGCUGAGCUGGACGAGACGGAUCGAGAGAGGGCAGAGAUGUGGUGGGCAGCGGCCUUGAGUGUUAAAUCAACUCUAAUUGGCUUUCUGCUUCCUCUUGUCAUCCUGCUGGUCUGCUACUGCUCACUGGCCCAGCUCCUCAGUAGACAUUUUGGACGGGGCCCCCGUCCUGACCGUAGGCGCCAGAGAAGACUCCUCAGGGUCAUUGUCACUUUGGUGAUGGCUUUCUUCUUGUGCUGGCUGCCUCUGCAUGUUAAUAAGACUGUUUCAAUGCUGCUUGAGUUUGGUUUCGUCCCAUACUCCUGCUCUCUGGAUCAGAUUCUACUGGCUGCUCAGCCGUACGUCACCUGUUUAGCUUAUCUCAACUCCUGCCUAAACCCGCUCCUGUACGCUGCAUGUGACCCGUCAUUCAGGAAGAGAUGCAGAGGAGCUCUUCUCAUGUUGUGCAGGGUGAGCGAAAGAGGAGGAGGAGGAGAGGGAAGGGAGGGAAAGAAGGAAGAAGGAGAGGAAGAGAAAGAGGAGAGGAGUUCAGCCUUUCCCACAAGAACACAAGAGGAAACAGCAGAUAGGACAGAGGAGGAGAGGGUGGAAUGA